AGUCCUGCCUUCAACACACAGGGUUCAAAUUCCAGUUCCUCCUUCCUGCCUGGGCUGUGGAGCAGCAGAGUUGGACAAAUGGUUUGGUAAUCACGAGAGAAAAAUCUGAGAAACUGAGGCGACCCGCUGCCUUCACUGUGUUCUUCGGUUCUUCAGUUGGUGUGGUGAAAAUUUAACUAUGGGUUCGAAUGACCUCAACAGGAACGCAGACCCUGUGAGGUCACGACCUUCUGUGUGGCACCACAGCCCCUUUAACAGCAUCAAGUUCUUUGUGUUCUGCCACAGUUUGUUGCAGCUGGCACAGCUGUUGGUGUCAGGCUACAUGAAGAGCUCUAUCUCCACCAUAGAGAGACGCUACGGUCUCUCCAGCCAGAAGUCAGGACUGCUGGCUGCUUUCAACGAGGUGGGGAAUACAGUGCUCAUAGUCUUCGUGAGUUUCUUCGGGAGUCGAGUUCACAGGCCACACUACAUUGGAGGUGGAGCUCUGCUGGCCUGCCUGGCCUCACUGCUAAUGGCGAUGCCACACUUCCUGAGCGGUCCUUAUGAAUACACAGACAGCAUCAGUGCUUCCAGUGAUAACAGCUCUGGCCUCUGCCAAUCAGAGAACCUCCUCACCACAUCAUCCUCCAAUCAGAGCUGCAACCUGCUGGAGAACCCUGUCCAGCAGGUGGUGUACCCUCUGCUGCUGUUGGGUCAGCUGCUGCUGGGUAUCGGAGCCGUCCCCAUCCAGCCCUUCGGCAUCUCCUACAUUGAUGACUAUGCCAGCAAGAAGAACUCACCGCUCUACCUCGGCAUCCUCCUCGCUGUGACCUCCAUCGGCCCAGCGUUUGGUUUCAUCACCGGCUCCUUCAUGCUGCGCUUUUAUGUUGACUUUGAUAAGAUUUCCAGAGACCAGAUUAAACUGGACCCAAAGGAUCUGCGCUGGGUGGGAGCCUGGUGGCUUGGCUUCCUGGUGGCAUCCUGUCUCCUCUUCCUCACUGCAUUACCUUACCUCUUCUUCCCCAGAAACAUGCCCAAAGAGGAUGAUGCAGAUGAUGUUGAGUCCAGACCAGACUGCAAGCAGCAGCAGACAGACCCAGUCCGGGAACUCUCUCUGUUUCAGUUCCUCAAAAGUUUCCCUCGUAUCGCUCUGCGGACCCUGCGCAGCCCCAUCUACCUGCUGGUGGUUCUGGCUCAAGUCAACCUGGCAGCGCUGCUGGCUGGCCUUGCAACCUUUAUGGCCAAGUUCAUUGAGAGACAAUUUAGCCAGACUGUGUCCUUUUCCAUCAUGAUGAUAGGAGGACUUUGUAUCCCGCUGGCGGUGUUGGGUACUGUGCUGGGUGGAGUUCUGAUGCGGAGGUUGAAUCUAUCGGUUAGGGGUGCUAGCAGAUUGUGCAGUGUUGCCAUCCUGCUGUGCCUGGUCUCCGCUACGCCACUGCUGCUCAUUGGUUGUCCCACCCAGAAGGUGUCGGGAAUCUUCCCUCCCGGCUCUGAUGUGUUGUCAUGCAGCAGUGACUGUGGGUGUCCCCCGGAGGCAUUUAACCCAGUCUGUGGUUCAGAUGGUGUUGAGUUCAGGUCUCCCUGCCAUGCCGGCUGUAUCACCAUAGAAACAGAUGACAGCAAUAAAAUCAUCAACUACACCAAGUGUCGGUGUGUGGGCGGCCUCAGCUCCGCCUCUCCUGGGACCUGCGGCAGCAGAUGCUCCCACCUCCUCCUCCCGUUCAUGGCCCUUCUGGGCGUCACCAGCUUCAUCGCCUCCUUCUCACAGACACCCUCCUACAUGAUGAUACUGAGGACGGUGCCCACAGAGGACAAGUCUUUUGCAGUGGGAGUUCAGUACAUGCUGUUCAGAGUGCUCGCGUUCAUGCCUGGCCCAGUGUUGUAUGGCAGCGUCAUUGACACCACCUGCAUCCUGUGGGGUAGAAAGUGUGGCAAACAUACUUCCUGUCUCUACUAUAACCUGGACCACUUCAGACACAGGUUUCUUGGCAUGCAGGUGGUCUUCGUGUGUGGGGGACUGCUCUGCUUCCUGCUGUGUGCCGUGGUCCUGCACAGGAUGGCCAGACGUCAAGAACCUGAGCCGAGACGUAAAGGGGGCUACGAGCUGGUGAAGGGGCAGAAAACACAGGAGAAUGUUUCAUCUAAAGACAAUGACACGAAAGAUAUAAAAACCUGAAGAUAUACAACAAGAGGAUGCAGAAAAGAAAGGACACAGAGGCUAAAGGAAGACAACAAGAAGAGUUCAGAAAGUUUGUUCAGAUGGUGAGAAGCUAUAAGUUAGUCAAAGUGUGUUGAGUGAUUCUCCAGCCUUUCAUGUAAAGGACCAAUCAGCCUGCAGGAUGAGCCUGACAUACUGCGUGAUAUAUACUGUUUUUACAUCUAAUACUCAGUACACAUUCUACUAAUAUUUCCAGUGGUGGAAGAUGUACAAUAUUCCACAUUUACAAAUACUCUGUUAAGUGUUUAUAUUGAAUAGAAGUCCAUAAAGUGCUGAAUAAUAAAUAUAAUUGGAAUGUAAUGCAUUAAUGUGUUCAAUUUUAAUCACUUUAAUGUUGCAGCUUUUCCCUCUGAGAUGUACUGUAGCAGAAAGGUAGAGUGGCAUAAAAUGGAAAUUCUGAUAAAAAGUACAAAUACCUCAAAACUGUACUCAAGUAGUAAGUUAAUGUACUUACUUCCCACCACUGUUCAUUUCCAGUUUUGUCAUUAUUGUAUUAUUUCAUUUCAUCAUUUCAUGAUGUUUUUAUAUGAUGCAGUGAGCCCAGAGCACCUCCACUUAUUAAGCUUGUCUUCUCAGCAAAGUUUGAACAUUGCAACUGAUCUGUGAGCCGAUUUCAAUUCUUCAAAAAAUGUAGCCAUGCUAGCAGCAGCUGUUAGCACCUUGGCUUAGUGUCUGUCAAUCACCUUUGUUCAAACUUAAAUAUCUCUACAACUAUUUGAUGGAUUGUAAUGAAGUGUUGUUCACACAUGCAUGCUCCUCUCAGGAUGAACAGUAAUAACUUUGGUGACCCUCUGACUUUUACUGUGGCACAAUCAUCAGGUCAAAAAACUAAUGUGGGGAAGGCUACAGAGCUUCAGCUCUUUUUGUUGGUCAUGUGACCCGGUCUGGUCCAUUUUUCUCUCUCAUCUCAUCUCAUCUCAUCUCAUUUCCUGUCAUCUCUCCACUGCGAUUUCCUAGUGAAGCCACAUACAUGCAUCAAAAUAAGCUAUAAAAACUGUCCAGCUCUGUAACACAUCCAUGAUUCAGCAUGUUGGUCACCGCUUUCAUGUUUUUCUGUUUUGUCCCACGAGAAUAUGAAAACCUAAAAAUGUAAAACACGAGACAGAGAGUUUCUUCAUUUCCUGCUCAGCUGUGACGAGAAGUGACACUUGUUUUAUGUUAUUGUUCAUGCUAUGUACUGAGGGGCUGCAGCACAUUUUUAUAACAGUCACAUACAUUGGAUAUACAAGCUGUUUGAAUAUCAACCUGUCAAAAGUUUCUCAUGAAAAUGUUGUUUCUCCUCUCAUAUUUGUUUUUGCUGUUAAUACAUUUUGAAAUACCAAAACACCAAAUGAACAGCUCAGCUCUGAGGCUCUGAGAAGUUUUUCUUCUGUAGAAAUACAAAACAUCGUAUCAGUGUUACUGAUUAAAAGUGUAAUGUGUGUCUCCCAUAACUUUACUGCAUGAGGCUUAAGUUAGCAAACUGGGUCACCAGCAUUGUCAGUAUCUGCUUGUUGUUCAGUCAACUUUAAGUGGUUCUGGUUUUCUGUUUUCGAAACUCCUUCUUUUCAUCAAUCUUUCUAAGUCUCAAACUGAACCCAGAAAUUUCAAGUCAGUCAAGUUUGCUUUGUGCUGCCUCAACAUCACAUCUCAUGAAAAGAUGAUUUAUCACAUGUGUAUCAUGUCCAAUAUCCAAUAAUAAACACUGAGUAAGAGUUAAUACUGGA